AUGGCGUCCGGCGAGGCGCUGCUCGCGCGGCUCUCGAGCCUCUUCCAGCAAGACCCUCUCAUCGACGAGGUCGGCCUGCUCUUCGGCGUCGAGCAGAGCGACCUGACGCCCGAGACCGCCUUCUUCCUGGAGGAACAUAAGCUCGGCGUGGCUUUUGCCGCUGGGAUCCCGCUGUUCCAGGCUGCUCGCACGCAGUUCCACCCGUUGAACGCGCUCCUGCAGCAGGGAGCAGAUGAAAUCAUCGAGUCGGAGGACAACGGACGUCGUGCUCAGCUGCUGCACUGCACACGCGCCAUUCUCCUCAUCAGCGCCGACUUUUACACGGCCUGGAACACCCGGAAAUCGUUCGUGACGCGCGGGUGGCUGUAUGCACAGGAGGAGGUGAAGUUCACCAAUUUGGUCUUCACGCUGCAUCCCAAGAGUAUUGAUACGUGGGCUUAUCGACGCUGGCUGGCCAUUCGACUCUGCGAGUCGCUCUCCGGGGAUGACCUUCGGGUAUUUUUCGACCAGCAGAUGGAAGUUUGCAGUCGGCUGGCAGAGCAAAAGCCACGAAAUUAUCACGCGUGGAGCUUUCGGCACUGGAUCGUGUCUCGACUUCCGCUUGACUUGACGCUUAAGGAACUGGACAACAUGGAGACGUGGUGCAGAACACAUGUCACCGAUCACUCGGGUUGGAACCACCGGCAGCACACUUUGAACGAGCUGUUGAAGAGGUACCAAAACGACGGAGAUGCGGGUGAUGCCGCGAAGAACCUGGUUCUCACGGAGUACAAGUUUGUUUCAACUAUCAUGGCGUCGUACCCGAGUCACGAAGCGCUUUGGUGCCAUCGGCGGUAUGUGGUGCAGCGUUUGAUUCAGCAGGCACUAAGCAACUCGGCCAGCAGUGACCAAGUCCCAGUGGAUGAUGCACUGGUCUCGCGAAUGCGCAAUGUCAUCUCUGAUACAAAACCAGAGACUAUCGAUACUGCAGCGCUUGCUGAGUCAUGGGGAGAGUCGCUCAAGCAACUAGGGAGUGGCGUGAUAGAUUGGCCUUCCGUUCUCAGCGUGGUUUUGCAUGAGAUCAAGAAUGCGUGGAGUUGUGGGAACAAGUUUUCUCGGCGAUAUGCCGCUUGGUGCCUGGCUCGGCUGCCUAUAGAGCGUGAGCUGAGUUCGUUGGCGACCACCUCACAGAAGCAUUUGGUUCAGGAAGACAGUGUGCUAGAAGAUCUUUGGCUUCGCAUGUGA